GGACGGCAGACUGGCAACAGAGAAGUUCACGGGGACAAACACGAAAAAAAUAUUCAGACAUUUACAUUCGUAACGAUGCGAAGCAUCUGUCAUAUCAUAUUUAUGUGUCAUUACAUGGCAUUUCAAAUUUCAUCUUGCUAUGAAGAACCACCAUAUUCCAAAUAUCCCUUCGUCAUAUCUAUACAAGAGAUCAAUUCUGGGCACCUUUGCAGCGGUUCUUUAGUUGGAUUCAGAUGGGUGUUGACAUCUGCGCACUGCGUCUUGGAAUACGAAAAAACGCCCGAAAGUAUAUACGUCGUGGCUGGAGGACUCAAAUCGUCAGAAGAACAAAUCAGAUCAGUAGAAAAGAUAUAUUGCCAUGAUAAAUUCGACAGUGAAUCAAUGUUCAACAAUAUUGCUUUGUUACUAACGGAUCAGCCUUUUCUUAAGAAAAAAUCAGUGGAUGUUUGUUAUGUGCCCAAGUAUACGAUGCACAUUGAAAUGAAGACUCAUUGUAAAUCCGUAGAACUUGUAGGUUUCGAAAUGAGGAAAAUUAAAGUGAACCACGUGAAUAUAACACGCCCCAUAUUGACAACAUUCAAACAUACCAUUCUAUCGAAUGAAGAUUGCGCCAAAAUGAGGAAAUUCGAAGUCAUGAAACAUACUUUCUGCGGAUAUGCCAAAAAUAUGACAGCCUGUAUGCGAGAUACAGGGGGUCCAGCAAUUUGUGAGGAUUUGCUUUAUGGAAUUACUUUCUAUGGUUGUCCGUGGGACGAAUCACCGAGUUAUUUCACGAGAGUUGACAGGUACUUAAUAUUCAUCGAAAGAAUAAUGGGUAAAGAAGCUCCUUACCAUACUCCCAAACGAUCUUCUGGAGAUGAACUCAUUGUAGAAAUAUUUUCUUUGUAUUUGGUUACUUUUCUAGUUUUUAUUUGAGACGAAGCUCCGGGAAUGCGAAUGAUUCGAUAUGAAUAUAAGUUUUGUAUUUCUCCCAACUUGAUUAAUCUGAUACAAAUUCUAGGAUUUCUAACAUUAAACCUAUUUACUUUUUAAGUUCUUAAAUAAAUGUAUCUAUUGGGUAAUUGGUAAUAUAUACAAAAUAAAAUGACUGAAGUAAAU